AUGCACCUGCAUUGUUUCGUUGUACUUGUUCUUUGUUGGUAUUGGCCUGAGCUGACGUCAUCAACAUUGACCCCUAAUUUCUUUUGCUCGACUUUGGGUGAGCCAGAAGUUCUCUUAUCUAAUGGUCCGAUUCUUUCAUCAAACUUCUCCUAUCCGGUGACAAUUGCCGCGGAUGUUUUUUUCCAGACGCCAUUCCAACUUUCCUCUACCGUUCAGGUUACUGCUCUUGUUAUGUUUGCUCGACAGAAUAAUGUCUCUCUUACUGUCAGAGCCGCUCUCUAUAACGCUGCAUCGGCGCUGAUCGCACAGACGGCAACGAUUACCGUCUCUGCAGGCGAGUUGUCGGAUGUGCAAAUUAAUCCAUGGACUUUAUCGUUCGACGAACCAGUCAAUCUUACAGCCGGUGUUAGCUAUAGUGUCGCCUAUUGGUAUGCCGGUUUUAGUAAUGAUGGUGCUGGUUAUGUCGCGCUAUUCGCUACGAGUCCCACCAAUACAACAUGGCUUAUUCCAGCUGAAAACUUUACUACUGUGAAUGGAUCAUUUCCUAGUCUUUUAGCCGCACCAUAUACUUUUGGUGCUGGUACUGCCGCUCCAUUCAUUCAGUUAAUAGGAUCACCAUGCACUAACACAGUUUCUGCCAGUAAUAUUCAUCUCAACGAGACGAUACUCUCCAUAUUACAAAGAAUCCAAAAUAAAUAUAGCGCCAUACCGGCCAUUGGUGCUUCGAUCAUUCAAAUGACUACCUUGCAAUCUUACACAGGGGCACAGUCACCACCACAUGUGAUCUGCCCAUUUAUUCCUGUGUCAACCGUGGUCGCCGGUGUUCGUCGGACUGAUGCAGUAACUCCAGAGGUAGUAACAGUCGGUGAUAAAUGGCAUCUCGGAUCGGACACCAAAUCAAUGACAGCCAUUCUUAUUCAAAUGUUGAUUCAAGCAAACAAAUUAAACCUUACUACUACUGUCGGUAACGUUUUCCCUUAUUUACCAAUGUCCCCAACUUCAACACCACCGUCAACUUCAUGUACAUGCGCCAAUUUCUCUAAUGUCGAUGGUUAUUUCGCCAAGUCUCCCUAUUCUUGUGGUUUAACGAUUCAUACCUCAUGGAAAUAUGUGACCGUUGCUCAUCUAUUGACUCAUGCCUCUGGCAUUGAAGCGCUUGAAACAGCGUUCCUUCCUGAACAUUACGCUGAAGAAUCAGCAUUGGAAAGAAAUGGUAGUAAGGAAUCCUGUAGUAACUAUUAUUUACCUUCACGUCGUUAUCAUUUAAGUCUUCUAUUAUCGAUGACCAUUCCCAGUCCACCACCGUCGAUUAAUGUUCCUGUAGCUUCGUCUUAUUCAAACAAUAAUUUUAUUUUAUUAGGAUUAAUCUUAGAAGAAAUUUGGUCUUUACCAUGGGAAUCGAUCAUUCAACAACAAUUAUUUGAUCCUUUAGGAAUGAUCACCGCAGGAUUCGGCUCACCUACUGAACAGGUACCAUUGAAUUCUUUCGCAACUCAACCAUUUGGUGAUUACGAGGAUGCAGCUGGUAUAUUACACAGUACUGAUGCCGAUAAUUUUAAAGCUUGGGGACCUGCAGGUACGGUCCAUGCAAGCCUGAAUGAUUGGGCUAAAUUCAUUGCUUGUCAUUUACAAGAAGGACGUGACCUAAUGCCAUUCGGCUUUGCUCCUAUAAACAGCAGUUUCCUUAAUUCAACGACCUCACCUUAUUUACUCUCACCUUAUAUGUGGCAAAACAUUCAUACCCAGUAUGUUUUUCCUUUAUCUUCUACUCCUAAUUCUCAAGACUCACUAUCUGGAAUGAUUAGUAACAGAGACAAUCUUGGUCUAUCACUCUGGCACACUGGUAGCAAUACUCUUUGGUAUGCUUAUGUUGUAGUUUAUCCUCGAUUGAUUCAGCCGAUGGCACUUUUAAUCACAACGAAUGUCGCUAACGACGAUGCGGUUUGGGAAACUAAGGCAGCUAUUAUCAAUAUUUAUCUCGCUUGGCAAGAACAAGGACAACCUCCUGAAAUUGUUACUUCAACCGCGGCGUCAUAUACAAUAAUUAGUUUCGAACCCAUUCUCGUGUUAAUCGGUAUUCACUUAAUCCGCCGCUAG